AUGAAUCCAGUCACUACGUCUCCAUUGCAAGCACCGGCGGCAUCAUAUCAACAUCAGCAGUUUCCUCACGCACUGCAGCAGCAGCAUCAACAACACACACUGGCACUCGGUCAACAGAGCAAUAGUACACAGCAGACUGCAUCGCCGCCUCAGUCAUCUCAGUCGUCAUCAUCACUGGCAGUCAAUGGAUCGGCAGCACCCAAUGCCACCGACUACAAUCAGCAAUAUCAACAGAUGCUUCAUAUGCAGCAGCAGCAUCAACAGCAACAGCAACAGCAACCUCAGCAGACUGAGUCUCCACCAAUGAUGAUCUCAAUGCAGCAGCAGCAACAGCAGCAACCUCAACAGACACAGCACCAGCCGCAGCAGCAGUCAUCAUACAUGAUGGGUCCCAUUGAGAAUCAGAUCAAUCAGUUCCAGCAACAACAACAACAGCAGCAACAGCAACAGCAGCAACCCCCGACGACGCCGACUACACAACAACAAACUCAACAAACACAGCAGCAGCAACAGCAGCAGAUCCAACAACAGCAGUUACAACAGCAGCAACAAACAGCAGCCAAACAACAUCAUAUGAUUCAACAGCAGAUGCUAAUGAGCAAGAUGGCACCUCCUCCUGCGCAGCAGCAACAACAUCAACAACAACAACAACAACAACAACAGCAACCAACACAGCAGCAGCAGCCUGUUGGGCAGCCGAUGCCUCAGACUCCGCCUAUCUCCUCACCCAUAAUGGUACGCACACAGCAGCCACAAUAUCAAUAUGCCGAGGCGGCCACUGGGCAGCUACACCAACAACAGCUGAUACAACAGCAACAACAACUGCCGCAGCAGCAGCAGCAACAGCAGCCGCAACAGCCAGGGAUGGGCGUGCCACAGCAGCCAACUGGAGUGGUGCAGCAGCAGUCUACACCACAACAACAACAACCUGUAAAUCCACAGCAACAACAACAACAGCAGCCACAACAGCAAAAGAUACCCAUAUUAACAAAAGAGAAGUACAUUGAAAUAUACCAACGCCUGGAUAACUAUCACAACACUGCAUAUGACUUCAACGAUAAAGCUUAUCAAAACUGCGUGUACUUGGUGGUCAAGAAUCGACCUUCACUUCAGCUGUCAAGUCAGGAGACAGAACUGAUCAACAGAGUCAAUACAGUGCUGAAGAGGACCUUCCCAAAGAGUGCCCAGACGGUCAAGUCGCCUGGCAUGCCCUCACAGCAACAACAGCCACAGCAACCAGGACAACUACCACGCGUCGUACUGACGCAAGAGCAAAUCGACCUGCUAAAGCUACAGCUCAAGGCAUUCUCAUACAUCUCCACAUGGAUCGAGCAGACGCAGAAGGGAUUGCCGACCGAGCCCAUUGCGCCCGAGCUCAUGGCCCUGCUCAACGUGUCCAAGAGCAAGUUGCUGGCGUCAUUUCCCAAACCCAACAGCGUCACACAACCAACAUCAGCAACGGCGGUCGCUACAGGUGGUGUUGUGUCACCCUCUGCGCAAUCCGUGAACGCCUCUGCACACCCAACGGCGAUGUAUAUGUCACAACCAAUGCCCAUGGGCGUCGCACCCGGCAGCGCGCCAGCCACACCCGGAGGCCUGUUGAUAUCCUCCCCUCCUGUAAUAUCAGUAUCGAUGCAGCAACAGCAACAACAAGUCGUUGCCGCGCCACCACCCAUCCAGAUACAGGCACCUCCACCACCCCCACAGCCACAAUACGUUCUGCCACCCGUCGAGUCCCUGAAGCCUGCGCCAGUCGACUUUAUGACGCUCAAAGAGUCUGAAGAGAGCGCGAUCAAGAGUCGCAUGAGCCGCAGGAUCAUCGACGUUAGGGAGCUACUAUUGACGUGCACCGACGACACACUUCGCCUGCAGCUGACUGUCGAGCUCAAGCAGCUGACACUGUUUGACCUGCAGCGCAAGGUGCGCACAGAGAUGCUUGAGUACGCCCUCGAGAACAAUGUGGGCGCCAGCUCGAGCAAGGUGGGCGGCACUGGCCACUCGUCUGCCAACAAGGUGAAGAAGCCGUCGCGCGAUGCGACGCGCACCAAGCAGCAACAACAGGAGGAAGUGGAGAAGACACGUUUCCAAACAUUCAUCUCGUCCGUCCUGCAACAUGGCAAGGACUUCAAGGAGUACCACGCCAACAAGAUGGUCAAGGUCAAGAAGGUAUCGAAGCGCGUGACCAACUACUUUGUGCAGCUGGAGAAGCGCGAGCAACAACAGCGUGAGCGUGAGGAGCGUGAGCGUCUGCGUGCGCUCAAGACCAACGAUGAGAGCAAGUACCUCAAGCUGCUGGAGCAGACCAAGAACCAGCGUCUGCGUGAGCUCUUUGAUCAGACCAACGAAUUCCUCGACAAGAUCUCACAUCUCAUUCAGAAGGAGAAGAUGACCACGACCGAGGAGGUCGAGCCUGAGGUUGGCGCCGAGCCCCUAUCACCCAAGACCGGUACCACACAGUCUGCGCCACUUGUCAGCAAGGCGCACUCUUACUACUCAAAGGCUCACUCGAUUGUGGAGGAGAUCCCCGAUCAACCCCUGCUGCUAGAAGGUGGCCAACUGAAACCCUAUCAGAUGCAGGGUCUGCAGUGGCUCGUAUCACUCUACAACAACAAGCUCAAUGGUAUUCUGGCAGAUGAGAUGGGUCUGGGCAAGACAAUCCAGACCAUCGCACUGGUAACCUAUCUGAUGGAGAAGAAGAGCAACAAGGGCCCUUACCUGGUCAUUGUGCCACUGUCCACACUGUCCAACUGGGGCCAGGAGUUCACAAAGUGGGCGCCCAAGGUGCAGAAGAUCCUCUACACUGGCAAGAAGGAGGUGCGCAAGGCUAUCUACGAGCAUCACAUUGCCCCCUCGACAUUCAACGUGCUGGUCACCACCUACGAGUACAUCAUCAAGGACAAGAACAUGCUGGCCAAGGUCAAGUGGGCCUACAUGAUUGUGGACGAGGGUCAUCGUAUGAAAAACUAUAGUAGUAAGCUGGCCGUCACCCUUGGCAGUUUCUACUCCAGUCGAUACAGACUAUUGCUCACUGGUACACCUUUGCAGAACUCGCUGCCCGAGCUGUGGGCCCUCCUCAACUUCCUGCUGCCAAACAUCUUUGACAGUGUUGACGACUUUGAGCAGUGGUUCAACGCACCAUUCGCGGCCACUGGCGAGAAGCUCGAGAUGAACGAAGAGGAACAACUUCUGAUCAUCCAGCGUCUGCACAAGGUGCUGCGUCCAUUCCUCCUGCGACGUCUCAAGACCGAAGUGGAGUCACAGCUGCCCGACAAGGUGGAGAAGGUGAUCAAGUGUGAGAUGUCUGCAUUCCAAACCAAGAUGUACAACCUCAUUCGCACCAAGGGUAUUGCGCAGUUCCAAACUGGCUCAGGCCAGGAUGGCGGACCCAGGAUCUCCAAGGGCCUCAAGAACACCCUCGUACAACUGCGAAAGAUCUGCAACCAUCCAUACCUCUUCUACGACGACGAGUAUCCCAUUGACGAGAUGAUGAUCCGUAGUGCUGGCAAGUUUGACCUGCUAGACCGCGUGCUGCCCAAGCUCAAGGCAUCGGGCCAUCGUGUGCUCAUCUUCUCCCAGAUGACACAUUUGAUCGACGUCCUCGAACAGUUCUUCUACUACAAAGGCUACAAGUAUCUGCGUCUGGACGGUUCGACCAAGUCCGAGGAGAGAGGACCACUGCUAAACCUCUUCAAUGCAGAGAACAGCGAGUACUUUAUCUUUGUGCUGAGUACAAGGGCCGGAGGUCUGGGACUCAACUUGCAGACUGCCGACACAGUCAUCAUCUUUGACAGUGAUUGGAACCCUCAGAUGGAUCUACAGGCUCAGGACAGAGCGCAUAGAAUCGGUCAGAAGCAGGUGGUGAAGGUGCUGAGACUGGUCACGUUCAACUCGGUCGAGGAAAAGAUCUUGGCGCGUGCCAACUUCAAGAAGGAGCUCGACAGGAAGAUCAUUCAGGCCGGUCAGUUCAACAACAAGUCCAAUCGCAACGAUCGUCGCCAGAUGCUCGAGUUCCUCAUGACACAGGACGAGACCGCCGAGAUGGAGCGUCAGAGCGUGCCGAGCGACCAACAGAUCAACGAGAUGAUCUCUAGGACACCUGAGGAGGUGGAGCUGUUUGAGAAGAUGGACCGCGAUCGUGGCGAGCUCGAGGCCAAGCAAUGGAAAGAGGCGGGCAAGAAGGGUGAGCCACACCGACUAUGUACAGAUGACGAGCUGCCCGACUGGAUCAAGCAAGAGGUUGAGUUGACAGAGGAUUUGGGCUUCCAGUUUGGUAAGCGACCCGGCCAAAAGAUGGACCUGGAUCUCAAGAUGACCGAGGAGCAGAUCAAGAAGAUGAUUGAGAAUGGUGACUUCAAGCGACGAAGGACCCAGACCACCUUCUUGAACACCAGCGAGGUGUAUGGCGAUGAGUACGACGACCUUGCCUCAUCCUCAUCCUCCGAAGAGGAGCAGGAAGAGUACCAGGCACCCACCAAGAGCUCAUCCAAGCGCAAGGACCUAUCAUCAGAUGAGGAGACGCCAACGAGAGGACCAAAGAAGAAGGCAAAGACUACCCCUGCCAAGAAGUCACCCUCCACAUCAACUCCAAAGACUCCAUCAUCCUCAGCCUCCACGCCAGUUGUUGGCGCCCCAACUCCUCCAGCGAGGAAGUACAGUGGCCGUGGCAGACCAGCCGGCACCAUCAAGAAGAAGCCAACAACAGAGAAUGAGAUGAAGUACCUGGACAUCUUUGACACAGUGCGUUUGGACGUUGAUGAGGACGGACGAAAGAGGUGCGAGAUCUUCCUUCGUCUGCCCAGCAAGCGAGACUAUCCAGACUACUACAACAUCAUCAAGGAGCCAAUUGAUAUGAAGACCAUCAAGGACAGGAUCACAGGCAAGAAGUACAACUCACCAGCCGAGUUUGCAGCCAACGUCAACACCAUGUUCUACAAUGCUCAGAUUUACAACUGUUCUGGAUCAGAAGUGUUUGAGGAUGCUGUAUAUUUACAGAAUGUGUUUACAAAGCUUUUCAAUCAGAACUUCCCCAACUAUCAGCUGGCACCCCCAGAGCCUCCAUUGUCCCCAUCACAGAUGCUCCAUCCAACUGCCGAUCUCAAGGAAGUCGUUCCAAUCUCCCAACUGCUCAACUCCAACAGUCCCACCAGCGACUCUGAGGACAUGCGGGCAGACACGUCAAGGCAAGGCAACAACAUCUUCACUUUUGGCAGCAACAACUUUUCCCAUGGCAGCAGCAGCGGAAGCGGCAACAGCAGUGGUAACAGCAAUAGGAAUGCCAAUUUCUCUUCUCAAUCCAACAACAACAACAGCAGCAGCAGUAGUAGUAGCAGCAUUAACAACAACAGCAACAGCAGCAACAACAAUGGCAACAGCAAGAAGAGGCCAUUCGAUCCAAUGUCCCUAUCGAACAUGGUCAGCAACGAUUCACCAACGUCAUCCCCACUCACACUCAACUCCAACUAUUCCAACGCCAAGCCUUCAAAGAGCCAUCGAAAACCAGGCUCAUCCAAAUACUCGGACUCAGAACCAGAGUCCGGUAUGGACGACGAUUAUUAA